CGUGACUUAGUUGGCCUUUACUUGCAAACUUCAGCAGAGCAUGUCUCUGCGGCGCGACACCCCAUGUCGCUGCCGUGCUCGCCAACGCCGCCAAGUGCACCCAGCCGGCAGGAUUGCUCAGCGGACGCCACCAAAAGUCUUGGACUGCACGUCGCCGCACCAUCUCAUCACCAUGCGAGCCAGUCUCUCGACAUGAAGCUGAGGCUUUUGUCACAGAGCCUGUUCAGAAUUCGCGAUCGCGGAAUCUGAUGCUUCCCUGCCGCCUGCUCUGACCUAUGCGCACCUGCUUGAUCGUGACUCGGACACACAACGCCAUCCUCGCGCACCACUAUGCCGGUUGAAGGACGCAGUAACGGCUAUUGUGCCAUUGCGGGUGUGAUCGCCGCACCUUUCCAAGAUGCAGACCCUCCUUCACGGGCCACUUGAGACCACGCCUCGAUAUGUAUUGACCACAGGACGACGCGGGUGGGCAUUUCGGUCUCGGAAGAGUCGAUUGUCCGUGCGCUCAUCCUUUCUGUGCUGCAGCCUCGUGAGGCUCGCGACGAAAAUUAUGAGUGCUCGAGGAAAUCUGCUGGAAUCUUCAGUCGUCCCCUAAAGUUUGUCGUGGGGCACAAGCCGCACCCUGGAAAGUAACA